AUGGAGAUAAAGAGUCUCAAAAAAAAUCUCAGAAAGGAGCUAGCAUGCAAAGAAGACCUCUGGGCUGAGAUUAAGGAGAAGAAUGCAAUGCAACUGGCCACUGAAAAGUUGGAGGUGAGCGGGCUCCAAGAGGAGUUAAAGUCAACGACAGAGCUCCUGAAGAGGGCCGUCAAACAAAGACGGAAACGGACGAAGGCCUAUCUUGACACCUUGGACCUGCUCAACCAAAAGGACUUGGAGCUAAAGAGGACUGAGGAGGACUGGAGGAACAAAUGCAACGAGCUGCAGAAAUGUCUUGAUGAGCAGAUCAGCAACCUGCAGGUACUUCAGAGCUCAGAUAUAUGACAGUAAUUUAUGAUCCAAAUAAUCUCAAGUUCUCUAGAAAACAACUUCAACUUUUACUGAAUGAACUAACGCACAGUUUCUUUCUCAGCUCUCUUCUCAGAUACUCCACCUAAACAAACAUCAGCUGGACCCCUCAGAGGAGGGAAAACAAGAGGAGGAGAUGGAGAAAAAGAAGGAGAAAAGAAAGGAGGAGGAGACAAAACAAGAGGAGGAGAAGGAGAAGGAAAAAAGAGAGGAGGAAGAGAAAAAACAGGAGAAGGAGAUAGAGAAGAGUAAACAAGAAGAGGAGGCAGAGAAGAUGGUGGAAGAAGAGGAGGAAGAGAGAAAAGAGGAGGAGAAAGAGAAACAAAAAGAAGAGCAGGAGGACGAGAAGUCGUCCCCUAAAGAGAAGGGGUCAAAAAAAGAUGAGGAGGAGAAAUGGAUUGAAGGGGAAAAAAUGACCAAAGAAAAACAGGUCAAGAAGAAGAGGAAGAGAAGAGGACAGAAAAAAAAGAUAACUGUCCAUGAACCGUGCGACUCCCUUCAACCCCCUUCCCUCCAUCUUUAAACCCUCACUAAACCUUUCUACCCACCUAUCCACCUUCCUACCCACCUACCCCACUACCCACCUUCCUACCUACCCUCCUAUCCACCUACCAUCCUACCCACCUUCUGUAAUUGUAAUUUUAAUGUCUUUGUUAAGAAUUGCUUGAAGUGCCCCUCACAUCAGACUUUCCAAUCAACAUAUCAGUUAAUCAGCAUGUCUAGACAUCAACAGACAACAUCCUGCAGGAUGCUUCAGGUGUCACCACCACCCCAGGGGGGUGAAGUAACAGUCCCCACAGACAACAAAAGGUGCCAACACCUAAGCCCCAUUCCUUGCCCUCUGGGAGGCGGUCCUAAGGUAUAAAUAUUCUGUAUUCCCCUAGAUUCGGGGUCUUUUCUGAUCUACCCGCUCGGAUCCAGAUCGACCUUUUCUUUGCAAAGAAAAUAAAACCUUGUCGGCCGGCAGAAGUCUCUAUUUCAUUAUUCACCAGCAGCAACGGAAGGAGAAAACUUCCACGACAAUUUGGUGUCAGAAGUGGGAUCCCUCGAGCAAUCGUCUGGGCUGGAGCAUGGACAGUGACAGGCCAUCCUGGAAAAACAAAAGAUUUCCAGCCUCCAAACCUCAAAUUCUUUUGUGAGAAGGGAGGACUGACCAAAACCGCCCCAGAUCAUUGCCGCUGGGAUUCCACGAACAAAAUUCAGCAAAUUCAUCUGGUGAGCACUGAAAUAUUGACUUUCCUUUUCUUUAAAAUUUGGUUUUUAAUUAGGCAUGACAUUUUUUCUCAUGAUCUCCAUAACUUGGCGUGCUUUUCUCAUCAUUUGAAGCUUAACGAAGUGAUGUACUUUUCCUGGGGGCGACAAGUACUACAUUUUAUUGCUCGUAGUCUGUUGACAAGUAAUGAUUUUUAUUGCUCGUAGUCCUUACAGAAAGUAAUGCUUUUCCUGCUUGUAGCCUUUUCUUGGAAAAAAAACGAAGCAAGGGAUGCUUUUUUCAUUGCUUGUGGCCUUUCUUGGAGAAAAAAACGAAGUAAUGUUCUUUUUUUAAACAGACAAGUAAUUGUUUACAUUACCUGUUAUCUUUAAAGAAAGUAAUGCUUUUUCCCACUUGUAGCCUUUCUUAAAACGAAGUGGGGGUAGGGGGUGCUUUUUCCACUUAGCAUUUGAACAAAGUGAUACGAAGCGCAGAGACGUCUGUGUGGAAUUUGUCGCGACAAACCCAUUGGAUGGGGUGCAAGCUUUCCAAGGAGGUGGGACCUCCGGAAGGGCCGAUUGUUGAGAUCAUGAGAAAGAAAUGUGGGGACAAAAGCUUAAAAUAUUUAAAUAUCUGGACCACUGAGUUUGGAUUCCCAACAGGGGGAUCCCUCAGUUUAAAAAACAUAUCAAAACUAGAAGAAGAACUGAAGGCAAAAGAACAAAGAAUGAGAAGGAAAAACAAAGUGUCUGUAAGAAAAUUAGAACUCAUUGAAGGUCAAAAAGAAUGUUUACAGAUGUGGAAAACGGAAGCAGAGAUAAGAAAUAAAAAGUUAAUGCAAAAACAACUACCCUUUUCAUGCGAAAAGGUUGAAACGAUUGAGAAGCCAGAUUCACAUAAACAAAGAACACAGAACUCGCAGAUCUCUUCUUCUUUGUAUCCACAGUUGGCGGCUCUGAAGCUGGAUCCAGACCUUGACGGCAACCCACCUUACCACCCUUCAGCACCACCACGGUACAACUCUGCAACACCCAGCAAGAGCAGGCUGCAACCACAAGCAAGCUCAGAAACAGCCCGUCCUGAAAUGCCUGGUCCAUCACAAGACUCUACAACCAAACCCCCCUCUCCAAUUGCACACAGACUACGCCAAUCCAAUAAAGAGACAGCCUUCAACAUGCCUAUGGUUGAAGUAUCUGGACCACAAGGCGCAACUUUGGUUUUUCGCCCAUGGACUUCUGAGGACAUCACAGCCGCUUCACAACAUCUGCCAAACCCCACAGCAUCAGGUAAAAUGUUUACUGAACAAUUCCUCACAUUCUGCCAAGAAUUUAAACCCACAAUGAAUGAACUGAAGAGACUCCUGAUCACCAAGAUGAAACCCACAGACUGGCAAAAAAUAGCUAAAGAAUUCCCAAACGCUGAUCUCCGCUGCGGACAUAUCACCUGGGAAGAUGAAUCUAAUGCCCAGUAUAGACUUGCUGUAAAUAAACUCUGCAGCGCAUUCACCCAAGCUUUUCCUGCUAAAAUUAACAUGGAGAAAAUCACUGCCUGCAAACAAAAGACUGGUGAAAACCCUGAUGAAUAUCUCACCCGCCUGACAGACACAUUUAACACUCACAGUGGCCUUCAACCACCUAAGGAAGUAGGAAACACUCCAGAUGUGUGGGAAAUUCAUCUCUGUAACAGUUUCUUAAAUGGACUGAAACCAAACAUUGUCACAGCUGUAAAAAACUCCUGCAUUGGUUGGGAUGAUGCACGCCUGUCUGAACUUCGCAGACACGCCAUACAUGCUCAUGACCAGAUACUCUCCCAGAACACAAAAAAAGAAGAGACAACACAGAAAGAGCUUCACUUGGCAGCAAUAACCAUGUACAACACAAUCCAGGAACAUGGACAUCGCUACCCUGGCCAUAGAGGAACAGGACGUGGCCAUCACAAAAACUGGGAUAGAAGACCUCGAGGAGAUGUCUGUUUCUUGUGUGGCAAACAUGGACAUUGGAGACGUGAUUGCCCUGGCAACACCUCAUCAAACGCAAUAGACAAAUCGGACUGA